AUGGCUAACUCAGAGAAACAAACCAUCGUGGUGAUCGGCGCAGGAAUCAUCGGCGUGACAUCAGCAUUGAUCCUCCUCGAGACCCUCCCACGCCAACAAUACCACAUCCUCCUCGCCUCCGAGUACUUCUCCACAGACGACGGACCCAACCCUUCCUACCCAACCACGCUCUCAGGCGCCCAUUACCGGCCCAUCCCAGCCACAACACCACAGCUGAAACAUGAAGCCCGUCUGGCGAAAGCAACCUACAAUCGCUUCAAGGCCCUCGCGGCCGCGCACCCGGAGUACGGGGUAGAGUUUAUGGAGGGUAUCGAUUACGUAUCUGGGCAGGCUACCCCGACCUAUAAAGCGCUGUUGCCCGAUUAUGUCGAGACGGAUGGGUUCCGUGUCUUGGAUGCCAGUGAGGUGCCGGAGGGCGUGGAGUUUGGGGCUAGGUAUGAGGCGUUUUGUGUUGACCCGGAGGUAUAUAUGAUGCACAUGCUGCGCCGGUUUAAGAUUGGUGGGGGGGGAGGUAAGGCGGAUGCGGUUGAAGUCUGUCGAAGAGGGGUUCGAGAUCAAGGGACGGCAUGGAAGGGACAAACAUGCCUCGUGUCAAAUUACUGCGACAAGACCAUAACAAAACAAAACGCCGACGGCACCUGGUCAUUCCUAGUCCCCCGCCCUCUGAACGGCGGCACCAUCGUCGGCGGCACAAAACAGCCCAACGACUGGAGCCCGGAACCAUCCCUCGCUGUCCGCAACCAAUUGCUUCAAAACGCAGCAAACCUGUAUCCAGCCAUUUUAAACAAAGACGGCCAGUUCGAAGUAGUCCGGGAUGUGGUAGGCCGACGGCCGGCACGGGAAGGCGGCAUGCGUCUUGAGCUGGAGACGCUUCCUGCUGGUAAUCGCAAGGUUGUUCAUGCGUAUGGGCUUGCGGGGAGAGGGGUUGAGUUGAGCUGGGGGGUGGCGGACGAGGUUUUGAAGAUGGUUCAAGCUGAGUUGGAGGGUGGGGUGCCUCGCAGCAGGCUAUGA